AUGGAUCAGCUGGUUUGGAUCCACUUGACAGCGCGCUCUUGUUUGAUAACAAAAGCAAGAUUGUUUACGCUGAAAAGAAGCAUUCCGCAAAAAGAAGCAUCCGCAGCAUUUCGGUACGCAAAAAUGAGUGAAAAAUGUCGCCUUUGUCUGGGAAGUUUAUCGUCCACCGGGCCGAAGAUAUCGAUACGCGACGCUGAAUUUCAAGAGGAGUUAAAAACGGUGUUUCAUUUCGAUAUAAUCCUCGAUACGGCGCUUCCGGAACACGUGUGCAAUGAAUGCAGAAGUACCGUGUCUUACUGCCACUCGUACUGCCUACAGGUUCAGGCCAAUCAGUUCCAACUGCUCGGGGAGGCGAACGAAAAUGUCCUUAAGCCGGUGGAAAAUGUUAUGGUGGAAUCACUAGUCGAGGAGGAUGACUGUACCAAGACGGAAAAGCAUUUACAGAAGGAAGAGCUGGCUGUGAAUCAAGAGGCAACGAUGUGUUUGGAGGACCGGGAAGGAUUGAGCGUAGACGAGGAUUGCGUUCGAGGGAAGAACGAUAAACAGCGACGACGAGCGCGCCAAAGUAUUAAAAACAAGCCCGAUCUACAAAAAGAGACCGAAAAUCAGGACACAUCCUCAAAAGAAGUAUCACAAGCAAAUCAGUUAGAGAACGAUAAAAUCAUAACCCAAUUCUUCACUCUAGAGUGUGAGAUCUGUGCGGCAACGGCGGAAAGCUUCGUCCAGCUGCUGGACCACUACCGAACCGCGCACAAAACGAAAGGUUACGUGCGAUGCUGCGGUAAGCAGUUCUUUCGUCGAUACAUUCUGGUAGAUCACAUUGCAGCGCACCGCGGCACGAUACGGUGCGAAAUUUGCCAUAAAACGUACAAAACGAAGCGCUACCUGGCGCUACACUUUGCCAAAAGUCACAGCGGCGAAACGGAUCGACCGUUCAAGUGCGGCAAGUGUCACGUGUCCUAUCCGAAGCAGUAUUUGCUGCGGGCGCACGAACUGAUGCACGUCCAGCAGCAGUGCCAUAUCUGCGAGAAGGUUCUCUCCAACACUCAGUCGCUAAGGGUGCACAUCGCCCAGAUGCACGGCGGCGAUGGGCAUCACAUCUGUGACACGUGCGGGAAGGUGUUCCGCACCAAACCGGCCAUGGAGCGGCACAUCAACGAGCAUAUGGGGGUGGACGUGGUAGAACGGUUGCAGUGCGACCACUGCCAGAAAUGGUUCAGCGGGAAGUACAACCUGCGCAAGCACGUGCGCUUUAUGCAUCUGGAGGGCGGGCAGGUGUUUCGGUGCGAGCUAUGUCCGCACGAAAGUCCCAACAGUCGGGCACUGGCGAACCACAAGCUACGAGUGCACGUGGAGGAACGGUUCGAGUGCGAGUACUGUGGCAAGCGGUUUAAACGGCGGCCCAACUUGCGGGAACACAUCGCAUCGCACACGAACAUGCCGCUGUAUUCGUGCGAGAUAUGCCAGAAUCGAACGUUCAACUCGAAGGCCAACUACUUUACGCAUCGAAAACACAAGCAUCCGCAGGAAUGGGAGGCUCAGAAACGGUUGCGGACGGAGCGGGAAAUGAGCAAACAUUAAUUUAUCAAUAAAAUCGUUUUAAUAAUUCACAAAGUGUCCGAUAAAGACACUGUUUAAAAGUUAAA